UAAGCUACAGGUAGCCUAACCUCAAUUUGAUAUGAUUUCACAGAGCGACACACGGCGCAUGGAUUCAAACUGUUUUACUAUUUCUCAACAUCUCCUUUUAGUAGAUAAACAGUCGGACAGCAAUGCCAGUUACCUGCGAGCAGCACGGGCUGGGAACCUGGAGAAGGCCCUGGACUACCUCAAGUCUGGGGUAGAAAUCAACAUCUGUAACCAGAAUGGGUUGAAUGCUCUUCAUCUGGCCUCUAAGGAGGGUCAUGUAGAGGUGGUGGCUGAGCUGCUGAAGCUAGAAGCCAAUGUGGAUGCGGCGACCAAGAAAGGAAACACCGCUCUUCACAUAGCCUCCCUGGCCGGCCAAACGGAAGUGGUGAAAGAGCUAGUGACCAAUGGAGCCAAUGUGAACGCACAGUCUCAGAAUGGCUUCACCCCGCUCUACAUGGCAGCGCAGGAGAACCAUAUUGAGGUGGUUCGCUUCCUCCUGGAACACAACUCCAGCCAGAGUAUGGCCACAGAGGACGGGUUCACCCCUCUGGCGGUGGCGCUGCAGCAGGGGCAUGACCAAGUGGUGUCUCUGCUCCUGGAGAAUGACACCAAGGGCAAGGUGCGUCUGCCUGCCCUGCACAUCGCCGCCCGCAAGGACGACACCAAGGCUGCAGCGUUACUGCUCCAGAAUGACCGCAACGCAGAUGUGGAGUCCAAGAGCGGCUUCACUCCUCUCCACAUCGCUGCUCACUAUGGCAACAUCAACGUGGCCACGCUUCUGCUGAAUCGGGGGGGAGCUGUGGACUUCAUGGCCAGGAAUGACAUCACACCUCUCCAUGUGGCAUCUAAAAGAGGCAAUAGUAAUAUGGUCAAACUGUUGUUGGACAGAGGAUCCAAAAUAGAUGCCAAGACUAAGGACGGACUGACACCUCUUCACUGUGGAGCGAGGAGCGGUCAUGAACAAGUGGUUGAGAUCCUGCUGGACCGCGGAGCCCCCAUUCUGUCCAAGACAAAGAACGGGCUGUCCCCCCUGCACAUGGCCACUCAGGGCGACCACAUCAACUGUGUCCAGCUCCUCCUUCAAAACGAUGUCCCCGUUGAUGAUGUCACAAACGACUACCUGACAGCGUUACACGUGGCCGCCCACUGUGGACACUACAAAGUGGCCAAGCUCAUAGUGGACAAAAAGGCCAACCCUAACGCUAAAGCACUGAACGGCUUCACCCCGCUUCACAUCGCCUGCAAGAAGAACCGCUCCAAAGUGAUGGAGCUGCUGCUGAAACACGGAGCAUCGAUCCAGGCUGUGACAGAGUCUGGACUCACUCCUAUUCACGUGGCCGCUUUCAUGGGACAUGAGAACAUUGUCAACUCACUAACGCAUCACGGAGCUUCGCCCAACACCACCAACGUGAGGGGGGAGACAGCGCUGCACAUGGCAGCCCGGGCAGGUCAGGCCGACGUGGUGCAAUACCUGCUGCAGAAUGGAGCGAAGGUGGAGACUAAGGCCAAGGACGACCAGACAGCGCUGCACAUCUCCAGCCGGCUGGGGAAGGCCGACAUCGUCCAGCAGCUGCUGCAGAGGGGGGCUUCUGCUAACGCUGCCACCACGUCAGGCUACACACCCCUCCACCUGGCUGCCCGCGAAGGUCACGAGGACGUAGCCGCCAUGCUGCUGGACCAGGGUGCAUCGCUGUCAGCCUCCACUAAGAAAGGGUUCAGUCCUCUUCACGUGGCAGCCAAGUAUGGGAAGAUGGAAGUGGCCAGCCUGCUUCUUCAGAAGAGAGCAGCUCCGGAUGCAGCUGGAAAGAGUGGACUAACUCCACUGCAUGUAGCUGCUCACUACGAUAAUCAGAGAGUGGCUCUACUGCUUCUGGAUCAGGGAGCAUCUCCCCACGCCGCCGCCAAGAAUGGCUACACACCCCUCCACAUAGCUGCCAAGAAGAACCAGAUGGACAUCGGGACCACCCUACUGGAGUACGGGGCGGACACCAAUGCUGUGACCCGCCAGGGCAUCAGCCCUGUUCACCUGGCUGCACAGGAGGGCAGUGUGGACCUGGUCUCUCUGCUGCUCACCAAGAACGCCAGCGUCAACAUGGGCAACAAGAGUGGUCUCACACCUCUCCACUUAGCGGCGCAGGAGGACAAAGUCAACGUGGCGGAAGUCCUGCUCAACCAGGGGGCGGACGUCGACCCCUCGACAAAGAUGGGAUACACUCCGCUGCAUGUGGCUUGUCACUAUGGCAACGUCAAGAUGGCGGACUUCCUCAUACAGAACCAGGCCAGAGUUGAUGACAAAACAAAGAACGGCUACUCGCCCCUCCACCAGGCGGCGCAGCAGGGCCACACCCACAUCAUCAACCUGCUACUGCAGCACGGAGCCUCUGCCAAUCAGCUGACCGUGAACGGGAGCACAGCCUUGUCCAUCGCCUGUCGUCUUGGUUACAUCUCAGUGGUCGACACUCUCAGGCCAGUGACUGAUGAGAAUCUGACCUCUGUGACUGCGACAGAAAAACACAAAAUGAACAUCCCCGAGACCAUGAACGAGUUUCUGGACAUGUCUGACGAUGAAGCUAAGGCUAAUGCGCCGGAAAUUCUCAAUGGCGACUGUAUUUCAGAUGUUGACGAAGGUGAGGAUGCAAUGACCGGCGACACUGACAAAUAUCUGCGGCCCCAGGACCUCAAGGAGCUGGGGGACGACUCUCUCCCGCAGGAGGGCUACAUGGGGUUCAGCAUUGGAGUCCGCUCAGCGAGCCUCCGCUCCUUCAGUUCGGAUAGGUCCAACACCCUCAACCGCAGCUCCUACGCGCGAGACAGCAUGAUGAUAGAGGAGAUCCUCGCCCCGACCAAGGACACGCACCUGGCUGUAACCCGGGACUACGAUGCAGAGUGUCUGAGGCGCUACAGCUGGACCCCAGACACAAUAGAUCACAGUAACACUGUGUCCAGCCCCAUUCACUCAGGCUUGUCCUCCCCGCUCCCUCAGUAUGACUCCAGAUUCCUGGUCAGCUUCAUGGUGGAUGCCCGUGGGGGUUCCAUGAGAGGAAGUCGAAGCAACGGCAUGCGUAUCAUCAUCCCGCCCCGGAAGUGCACGGCUCCCACCCGCAUCACCUGCCGCCUGGCCAAGAGGCACAAACUGGCCUACCCCCCACCCAUGGUGGAGGGAGAGGGCCUGGUCAGCCGCCUGGUGGAGGUCGGCCCCGCAGGAGCCCAGUUUCUGGGACCUGUGAUCGUGGAGAUUCCUCAUUUCGGCUCCAUGAGGGGAAAGGAGAGGGAACUGAUCGUGCUGAGGAGCGACAACGGUGACACAUGGAAGGAACACCAGUACGACUGCCAUCCAAGUGACAUCACAGACAUUCUCAACGGGAUGGACGAAGAACUGGACAGCAAUGCUGAGCUGGAGAAGAAGCGUAUCUGUCGGAUCAUCACCAGGGACUUCCCCCAGUACUUUGCGGUGGUGUCCAGGAUCAAGCAGGAGAGUAACCACAUGGGUCCAGAGGGCGGGACUCUGACCAGCCUGACCGUGCCCAUGGUCCAGGCCUCCUUCCCACAGGGGGCGCUCACCAAAAAGAUACGCGUUGGCCUGCAGGCUCAGCCCGUCCCAGAUGACAUGGUGAGGAAUCUCCUCGGCAACAGGGCCACCUUCAGCCCUAUCGUUACUGUGGAGCCCAGGAGGAGGAAGUUCCACAAGCCCAUUACCAUGACGAUCCCUGUACCGCCCCGAUCGGCAGAGGGCCACCCCAGUGGACCCAGGGGAGACUCCACCCCCUGCCUGCGCCUCCUCUGCAGCAUCACAGGUGGAACAUCUCCUGCCCAGUGGGAGGACAUAACAGGAACUACUCCGCUGUCCUUCGUCACAGACUGUGUUUCCUUCACCACAAACGUGUCGGCCAGGUUCUGGCUUGCAGACUGCCACCAGAUUCCUGAGACGGUCGGUCUGGCCUCUCAGCUAUACCGGGAGCUGAUCUGUGUGCCGUAUCUGGCCAAGUUUGUGGUGUUUGCCAAGAUGAACGAUCCUGUGGAGUCACGCCUCCGCUGCUUCUGCAUGACGGACGACAAGGUGGACAAGACUCUGGAACAACAGGAGAACUUUGAAGAGGUGGCCAGGAGCAAAGACAUUGAGGUCUUGGAGGGCAAGCCUAUCCAUGUGGAUUGCUAUGGCAACUUAUCUCCUCUUACCAAGAGUGGGCAGCAGCUGAUCUUCAACUUCUUCUCUUUCAAAGAGAACCGGCUUCCUUUCAAUGUGAAGGUCAGAGACAUGGGCCAAGAACCAUGUGGCCGACUCUCAUUUUUGAAAGAGCCGAAAACCACUAAAGGUCUUCCACAGACUGCCAUAUGCAAUUUGAAUAUCACACUGCCAACUCAUAAGAAGGACAUGAUGGAGUCUGAUCCUGAUGAUGAGACUGAAAAACCAGACCGCCGUCAUACCUUUGCCUCCUUAGCUUUGCGUAAGCGCUACAGCUAUCUGACCGACCCUGCAGCGAGUCCUCAGAGUCCCUGUGAGCGAACAGACCUGCGGAUGGCCAUCGUGGCUGACCACCUGGGACUUAGCUGGACUGAGCUAGCUCGGGAAAUGGACUUUUCUGUCGACGAGAUCAACCACAUCCGAGUGGAGAACCCCAACUCCCUGACAGCGCAGAGCUUCAUGCUACUAAAGAAAUGGGUCAGCCGGGACGGUAAAAACGCAACGACGGAUGCCUUAACUGGAGUGCUGACCAAAGUCAAUCGGAUGGAUAUUGUGACUUUACUGGAGGGGCCGAUAUUUGACUAUGGUAACAUUUCAGGCACGAGAAGUUUUGCCGAUGAUAACGCUGUUUACCUGGAUCAGGCUGAUGAUUAUCACAGCAUCCUAGCGGAGCUGCAAUCCCCAGUCCAACUGCACUCUGACCCUCCCUUCACGGAGUUCCACUCUGAACCCCCUACCCUCACCAUCGACCCCAUCCCUGUCCAGCUCCACCCACACCCCCCUACCCUCAUCCUCACCCAGUCUGAGCCCUGGACUGGCCACAUGGAGCCUAGUGUGGAGCCUGACACCUCCACUAGAACCCACCUUAGGCCCUGGGAGCUGUCCCUGUCCAUUCACACCCUUCACUUAGAUCCCACCGCUGCCACCAACACAGGAAUGGCUGAAGGUGACCAGGUGCUGAUGGUACAAGUGGAAGAAGAGAAAAAGGAAGUGGACAUAAGCCUCCAACAGCAGGAGGACAGCAGACAGACAGGGGCAUCAGCGGUGGAGGCUGAGGACGUCGUAAAGGGAGGUGGUGAGGAAGGGGUAGAGGUGGGUGAGAUGGCAGAAGAGGGGGAUAAAGUGGUAGAAGCAAAGAUCGGGGCUAAGUUAGCGGAAGAGGGGACUAAGGUGAGGGUGGAGGGGGGUAAGGCAGUAGAGAAUGGGGCUGAGGUAGUGGAAGAAGAGGGUGCAUAUCUCUCCCCCCAGGCCUGGGCUGAGGCAUUGGGGGAGCAGGGUGUGUCUGGUUCCACCGAGGAAGAGGAUGGAGACGAAGACGAGAAGACAGAAGAUAAGUUCAAGUCGCUGUUGGAGGAUAUUCAUUUGGAGGAAGGCUCAGAGGAGGAGGACGAGGAAAUGACGGAGGCCAGGGUUCAGGAGAUUCUUAGUCAGGUGCAACAGGCAGAAAAAGACGUGUGUUCACUUCCAGGUUGGCACAGUGACACAUCCAGCGUCAACGUGGAGCCCCCCACACCCGGCCGCAGUGUGAGCUCAGACCUGCUAGACCGCCAGGAAAAUAGCCAGGAGAACUCCAGUGACUCCAUCACCUCUUCCUCUAGAGGAGAGCUAGCGAGGUCUAGGCACAAUGGCGAUAACACGGAGCUACCACCUCAGGACGGGUCACUUCCUGUAUCGCAGGACUCAGCCAACGGAAGAACUGGACGUGGGAAGGAAGAAGGCACGCUUGUAUCUGAGAGGAAAGUCCAGCAGCAUUUUAGUGAGUCCGGCUCUGACGAGGAGCGGACUGUCACCACCAGGGUGUUUCGGCGCCGGGUCAUUCUCAAGGGAGAACAGGCAAAGAAUAUUCCGGGCGAAUCAGUGACAGAAGAACAGUUUACUGAUGAAGACGGUAACAUCAUCACUAGAAAAGUCAUCAGAAAGGUCAUCCGCCGGGUGUCCACGCCCACGCCUGACGACCAGGGCGGGGACAGGGGGAGUUGGGACCGAGGAGACCCCUGGCCCUGCCCUUUCUUACUGGAGGAGGAGGAGUUAGAGCAAGGAGAUGGAGCUAAAAGCAGGUCGGGAGAAAAGAAGCUUCAAUCGUAGGGGUAGCUGUGCUCCACCAGGUGUGCAGGAAUUCUUCUCAUCUGUUUCCAGGGCAGAAAGUUACAAACUGAAAAACUCAAGAAAUUUCAGCCAGGACUUGAUCCGUCUGAUUUCAAUAUGAGCAUGAAAAUCUCACUCCCUGUCAAUUGAGGGACCUGGAAGGUUCUCACCAUGGAAUCUGAAUUCUAAUUGUAUGGCUCUCACUUCCUGUGGUCUAUGGACCAGGAGAAUUCUGCUUCCUGUUUGUGACUCGUAACGUGCCAUUGGUGUCGUGAGAGCUUUUGAGGAGUAUUGUGGUGACAGCAAAAAGGACUCCAUCACAGAAAAACUACAGGUGCAACUGAACUUACACCUGUGACCAAAGAUGGCACAAAAGCUCAAUUCUAGUAGUAGGAGAAAGAAAAUCAACAAAAUUACACAAAACCUAGAGGAACACUUCUGAUCCACCUCCAACACUCGCCUUAUAGUUUUUUCUUGGACCCAUAAAUGUCAGGUUGUAAAUUGCUGUGGGGUUUGUUUUCCUUUUUAAAACUAAAAAUAAUACACAGCUUUUUCCUGUAUAUAAAUUACAAUGUGUACAAUAGAAAAAUGAUGAGUUACAGGAUGAUAAUGCACAGGAGAGAACUUUACAAGUGCUUUCAACAUUAUUAUCAAAAUGGUUCCACUUUUAAGGAAGUUUUGAGUGUAACUUCACACGUUCUUGUAUAAUUCAUUAUUAUAGCAGGUAUAAUGUUUGUAUAUGAAAAAAGCUGGUUAGAUUUUAACAGAGGACAUUUCCAGAAAAUCUUCUGCAAAUUUAAGUGAUUCCUAAAAAGGGGAUGUAUCUAAUUCUGCAAAAGCAGAGUACUCAUAUUUUCAUGCAUGCCGUUCACAUUAUUUUAAGUACAAUUUUUACAAGUUUGCAAACACUGUAUUAAAAUGAGAAUUAAAACCCUUUAUCUGUGUACACAUAUAGUCCUUACAUUUGUCACCAGUUUUAUAUUUGAAAUGGAAAAAAAAUACCAUAAAAGCAUUUAUUGUGUCGGGGACUAGGAACAGUAUGAAGAACAUUUGUUCUAUAGCUUCUUGAGGGUUUAAUGUAGUCUACCGUUUGUCUAUGUAAAACUGAACGGCAGCUUCUGCUGGCAUUAGCAUAAAUGCUAUGAGAAAGAAGUUAUCUGAAUGUAUAUGCUAGUAGACUGGCUCGCCGUAAAACUAUAACUGUAUUGUGUGUAUUGGCUAUAAGGUGUAGAGGUCUCUGUACGCUGUAAGACUGUUUGUAAUCAUUUUAGCGGUGUGUCAUUUGGUUUUAUGAAGGCUGCUGUGGUUUUAAAGAAAAGGUGUCAUUUCCUUUUGGGCUUUGGUGAAGUACUUCCUUAAAUUUAAUCUACUCACAUAAAGACAUAAGACAUUAUUUGAUUGUAGCUCUUAAAAGAAUAUGUAUGACAAAAACACUGGAUGGUCAAACGAUUAUUUAAGCAUCAAAUGAAUUGUGUGAUCUUUCUUGGCUUGAGAAUCUGUAUGCGGUGUCUAACUAGCAUUCAUUUGAUAGCUCAUUGGCGAUUACGUUGCAUUAGAUCUUCUCUUUGUAUUGGUUUGACUAAAGGCCCAUGUAGUUAAAGUGUGGUGUUAUUCUGGUGUGAAGGCUCAGACUUAGUGUAAUGAUGUUUAUGCUGUGGACAUGACAACCAAGUAAAGGACUUUAUUUUUAGACAAGUGAAGUCAUUUAGGGUAUUGUAUCAUAUCUCCCAUCCUACAUGUCAAUCAGGGGGUAGAGGCUAAUUUUAUCAAUUUUGUUUGAUAUGUGUUUUCACCUGAGCUAAUUUUUCGAUGUACAAUUCUUACUAACAGAGUGAAGCCAUUGAAAUGUAACUAUUCUAGCACUUUGGUUAUUCAAAGUCUUCUUUUAGAGGCUAUAGCAGUAAUGACGCCACCACAAUGUUUCAAUUUAAAAACAAAAUAACAAAAUAAAAAUGCAUUGAUUUUGCAA